CAAUCAGUCGGCUGAGCCAAGUGGUCUGAGCAGCUAUAUAGCUAGACGUACAUAUAGAGUAUAGGAAAAACAGAGCUGAUUCUAAGCACAGUUCAAUAGCGCUAUUGAUAACUCUAUCAGGAACACUCAAUUCAUUUAAAUCAAUCAAGAAGUCAAUCAAAGCAAGUGUAAAAUGGCCUUGUCCAAAAUCGAUGGCGAAAUCGAUAAUAUCGAUCAGGAGAAAUAUCUGCGCCAAGCCACGCAGUACUACUGCGCCUUGGAGAAGCCGCUGAAGUUCGGUCCCGCCGUGGAUAGCUUGCCCGAUCUGAUCUCGGCGCUGCAUCGCGAAUUCGACGCGAACUACGUGAACAUCGAGAUGGUGAAUCACUUGAUGCUCACCUACAAAUCGAAUCCCAAGGAAUGGCGCAAGUACGCCAAGUUCGAUCGUUACACGUACACGAGAAACUUGGUCGACGCCGGCAACGGGAAGUUCAAUCUGUUGAUACUCUGCUGGGGCGAGGGGCACAGCUCGUCGGUCCACGAUCACGCCGACUCGCACUGCUUCAUGAAGAUGCUCAAGGGUGAGCUGAGAGAGAAACGCUAUCGGUAUCCGAACCGGGGCGGCGAGGACGACCAGCAGCAGCAGCAGCAGGAUCAACAGCAGAUCAAUGAUCACGAGCUGGUGGAGAUCGGCGACACGCCCAUACCCGUCAACGAUGUGGCCUAUAUCAAUGACAACUUGGGCUUGCAUCGCGUGGAGAAUCCCAGUCACACAGACACCUCGGUCUCGCUACAUCUCUACUGUCCGCCCUUCGACACGUGCAGCAUCUAUCAGAACAACGGCAAGAAGAUACCAGCCAAGGUUACCUUCUGGAGUAAAUACGGCGUACGCAGCAAAGCCAAUGAGCAAUAGACUAAAGAACAUAUACAUACAUAAUAGAUAUAUCCCUAUCCAGAUAUAUAUUUAAGUCUGCUAUUAUUAGUUGUUAAGCUUUUAGCUAUACCAAAAAUCUGAUCUAAGUUACAUUAACUAAAAACAAAUACUUUUUACUGAAAAAACAAGUCUUAUCGAUGGCGCCUUGAAC